AUGAGUUCAUUGGCGACAACAACUGCUUGUCCGGACAGUACAACAUUCCUUACGGCUCGUGGAUUUCAAAGUGUCCUUCUGCUUCAUAUAUUUUGUAGUAUUGUGGCAUUAGUUGCAAAUACUUUGUUUAUAAAAACGAUUUUUCCAAAAAUCUAUUUUCAUUAUAACAUUAAGAUUCUCAUAAUAACAGCCAUAUGUAUGAAUUGUGCUCAUUCUUUAAUCUAUAUAUGUCUACAAUCUGUUCAUUUGUAUAGAUUUCUAACUGUCGUCGAUGGAUGUGAAUUGGAAUUUAAGCAAUCAUUUUGCUUCAUAUUCCGCUAUCCAGCCAUGAUAGCUAUGUUUUCAUUUGUUGUCAUAAAUGGUGGAAUAGUAAUUGAGCGUUUAUUAGCAACAUGUUUAGUUCGAAAUUAUGAAGAAACGAAACAGUAUUACGGUCCCAUAAUAUGCAUUGUAACAAUUAUAAUAUCAGUUAUAAUGCCUCUAACAUCACAAACGUUGACGCCAUGGACUGAAAAGACUCCAUACUGUAAUGCUGUAACAAGAUUUUCAGCUUCAGCUAUAUCGUUAACAUCCUACUGCAUGCUAUCAUUUGAUGCAUUUGUUAUAAUAGCAUACUAUUUAGUUAACCUCAUAAAUGAGAAACGUCGUAAAUGUAUAACAUAUGACUUGCGCUUGAAUUAUCAACUACGAGAAAAUUCGGCCGUUUUUCGUCUUCUCAUGCCCUGGAUGAUUUUUCAUUUUAUCGUUUUUGCUUUCUUUUACAUCGCCAAUGCUGUCAUUCCAUCUAUGGAUUUCAUCACGUCAAACGCCAUGCUCCAACGCACUAUCUUUGCCAUUGUUUAUAUAGUACCCGAAUAUUGUGCACUUUCUCCCCUACUUUUAUGGAAGAUUUAUCGGAACCAACAAGCAGAGCGAUUACGAGAUGUUCAAACAUUAACAAAUUUGAAGGCGACGGGAGAAGCUUACUUCAAGGGAUAUUCCUGGACUUCAGCUUUAUACUAUAAGCAUUUAGAAGGAUUGCAAAAUGUUAACGAUAAAUAA